GUCCGGGAGGGUGUGGCAAGGGUAAAUGUAUUGCGCCUUCUUCCUGCCGUUGUCCUUCAUCUCACACGGGCGCUUACUGUGGCACACCUCAAUGUUCUAGCCGGUUGCCUUGCUAUCCUGGAAUAUGUUCUUACCCCAGCACAUGUAGAUGUGCAGACGCUUUCGGCAAGACAGACUCCACGCAUUGCAAUAGAAUAAAACAGAAACCGUCGGUGAUGACUGCUAACGCUUCCUUGGAAUUUUACGAUAAAGACAAAGACGAUAUCAUAUACUCGUUAACUGUGGUCGCCCCUAACAACGGUACCGACAUUCUGGAAUGGUGGACCAACAUCGGGAAAUUCAACCGGUUUGACAUUGCCAUGGAAGCUUUUCUUGACCUCGGGGAACUUCCCCAAAGACCGUCAUACGUGACAAGCGACAGGUUCGGAAUUAAGAGUGCUCGCAUCUCGUACACUCUGACAAAGGGGUCUAGAACACGAAACCGUACCGAUUAUGUAAUCUGUAAAUCGUCAUCCGGUAUCGAGGCUGACGUACUCAGUUGUAAUAAGCACGUGCCAAACUUUGAUUAUCGUCUGGAUAACGCCGACGUGUUUACCAUGAGAUUUGAGGUGACAAGUGGAGGCUACAUGGAACUCCGAGGCCGGUCACGAUCUCCAUUUCAUGGUAAAACUGGAUUCAAGGAAAUUCGAUUGAAGAUUGACUUUGAGGCACCUUACCACUGUCAAGAAGACAAUACUUGUGGAUCAACCAGUCCAGUGGCGCCAUUAAAAGUCGUCAAAGAUAUAACAAGGGACCCAGUCAUUCUCAAAUGGGCAGGAUGGGAAGACGAGCUUUCUGGUCUGCAUUCAUAUAUUUUGGAGGUCUUCAAAUUGAGUGGCAGUAGUGAGUUCUUACUGGAAAGCGAUCCUAAUAAACCAACCUAUGUAUGGACAUUUGGCACUUCCGUUCGCCAACACACCGUCACCCCAAAUGAACCAGGAAUGUACUCGGCGAUACUCGGCGUAAAGGACCGCGCCAACAACACCAGAUACGUCCGAGAAUUAUUUCUGUAUGAUUCUACGUCGGAUAUCUCCAUGGAAGCUUCCCAUCCUAUACAUGUAACAAGCGCCUCUCCAGAAUCGAACUAUCACUGGCAGAUACCGAACACUACGGGAAAAACGUCUAUCGAGAUUGACUGGACCGGCCAUUUUGUCAACAAAGUUCAUCAGGAAGGCGGCUUCUUGGCCAGUGUUAUAGACUACCCUACUCAACUUAAGAACGACUACCUGGACACAGUACAGAAGGCGAUCUCUACAGAGCUUAGGAACCCAGCUGCUAACAGGACAAGCGACAACAUAACGAAUAGCAACGGCAUCAUUAGGUUCGAAUUUUAUAUGGAGACCUUCAUAAAGAACGCGCCACCCCCCACAACGAAUUGGAAACAAGUUCCAGGUGUAUCAGAGACAAUUACAAUCAAAGAAAAUGUUCAACCUGGAAACUGCGAAAGUGUAUGGGUCAGAGCUUAUGAUAUCGUCGGAAACAAUGCUACAGAUCGCGGGAUGGUAUGCUUUGAUGGAACGCUUCCAAUCAUUAGAGAACAUUCCUUCGUGUUCGAACAAGAUUCCGAGAACGAGGUUGCCAGCAGACUGUUCUUUGAAGCGUUGGAUCAUGAGAGCGGCAUUGCUAUGGUAAAAUGGUCGUUCACAGAUAACGCAACACAUCAAAGUAUUGAGAUCCCGACACAUCUCAAUCUGGUUAUUCCUGGUAAAAAAGUAAAUGGGACGGGGGAUUCUUGUCAGCGCUCUGGAGAAUGUUACUGCAUUACUACUGGGGAGUGCUUUUCUGAAAACUACCAGUUAGAUAUCGACCACUGUGUUCUCUACCAGCCCCGUAUUGAAAAUACUGAAACCCACUACAUAACAACAAUCACCGUGUAUAAUCAAGCCAUGCUCAAUAUGUCCGCUGAAUUUGUGAUCGAAAACGUUCAAAACCUUGGCGGUAUGGACUUCUGUGCGCGGAAAUUUAGACUCGUUAAUUCAGGAGCGUUGACGGUUGGUGGAACAUCAGGGAUUGUUAUAUCCUGUUCACUCCUGUUGGUUUUUGCGAUCUUUGUGGUAUUCUUGCACAAGACUGGACGCCUGCAAAAAGUCAAAGACAGGAGCCAGGAGCGCAUUCGAAGUAUUCGGCAGUCAAUCAGGAGAGGACAUGGCUUUGAUGGGCUUGAAAGUUAUAAAACUGGAGGAUUUAACGAGGAUGACAUAUAUAUGUACGGACAUCAGACUUACGAGCAGGCUCCUGAAUGGAGAUUUAGUCCAAAUGACUUAACUCUCAAUAAUUUGAUUGUCGUCGGGAAGUUUGCAAGGAUAUAUGAAGCAAGUGUUGUGCAGUCCGGGCAACAAUUACAGGUGGUUGCGAAAGUUUUGAAAGCUGAACACACGGAAGAGGAUGCAGUAUUAAUGACGGCUAAGAUUAAUUUCUUCGGCACGAAGGUCGGGCGGCAUUCUUGUAUCCUGGAACUGAUUGGAGCAGUUCUCGAAGAUGACAAGAUGGGACCAGUUAUGAUAUUGGAGCGAUGUGGUUAUGGCUCCGUAAAGGACUGGCUGGGAAAUAACAAAGCCCACCCUGAUGACUCAACCAUAGACUUCCUAUUCCGGUUUGUAUACUCAAUCGUCCAGGGAAUGGAAUAUCUGGCCAGCAAAGAGAUUACGCACAUGCGCCUAGCAGCUAGGAACAUAUUGUUGACGGAUAAGCUUGAACCAAAAAUAUCUGGGUUUGGACCUCGCCAUGGAGAUGAUGAAGAAGACGGCGAAAAGAAAGAACGCAUCCCAGUGAAGUGGAUAGCCCCAGAAUGCCUGCGCAAGACUGAACAUGUGGCAUCGGAGAAGUCAGAUGUCUGGUCAUAUGGUGUUGUUAUGUGGGAGAUUUUCGCGUUUGGAGAAACUCCCUAUCCCUCGAUAAGAUCGGCCGAACUGCCACGUGCCCUGAAGAAAGGGGAGAGACUUAGCCGACCUGAAUACUGCGAUGAAAAUCAUUACAAAAUUAUGAAAAACUCGUGGAACAUGAAGCCUGCUCAACGCCCAACUUUUCGCGAAAUUCGGGAAGAGAUUGAAAAGGUGUAUAGCGCAUCCGGAGACGAUAACUACUAUGAUUGCAGCUUUGCCAGUCAUUGAAUAAGUAUGAUAAGAGGCAUACUGAAGUCAGCACGGUGUUUGUAGCGAGAAGUACCUUUUUUGACAAAUAACAAAAGAUGUUAAAGCAGAAAAAAUCACAAAAGUACGCCAAAAAUAAAACAUGGAUAAUGUUAGAUCAUUAACAAAUACCAAAGAAAACAUCAAAUAAGAAGAAAUAGUUUUAUAAUUCUUUUAUUUUUUUAAGAUUUUUCACAUAUUAAACAAUGGACAUAAAUGACAAAGGUAAAAAUCAUGAACGCACACAUACUCUCACACUUACAUGCUGUGAUCAUCAUCAUCAUCAUCAUCAUCAUCAUCAUCAACAACAUGUAUCAUCAGCAUUAUCAUCAUCAUGCAUCAUGCAUCAUCAUAAUCAUAAGAAGAUAUAAUAAAAUCAGAAAUACAUGUAUCAUUGACGAAGACAAAUUGUCAAUUAAUAAUUCAAGUCAUCAAAAAUACGUCAUAAGUGAAAAUUUGUAAUCACUGUUAGCAUUAUUUUAGUGUAGAUUGGUGUAAUUAAGACAUUUGCUGUGUAUUCAAAACAUAUCAAAAAUACACGAUCUGGAAAAAACUUCUCUUCUAGAAAAAAAUAUUUCUUUUUUAAUGAGAUGUAAUACAUACUACUAGUAAGCUAAUGUUCUUUCCGUAGUCGACAGGUAGUUGAUUCAUGCCUCAAUUUACCAUUUAUGUUUUAUAAGUGUAUAUAUUUUUUAUGUUCAUAGAUCUUUAUCAUGUGUCAUUAAUUUUCUUUAACAUGUAUGUAAUUUGAAUACGAAAUUACUUAUAAUAGUAAAACUAAAUAAUAUAGGGUACAUCCAAGGUGCGUUAGUAUUGACGAAAAGCGGAAGCAGGGUCAAAACAUUUUUCGAUGGGAAUCAAUAACAGUAAUCAGCUGUUGUUAGAUAAUAGUUUAAAGGAUUCUCAUUUAUAUCAGUGGACAACCGGAUGUGAUAAAUAAGAAAUAUUUCCAUCCGGUACAAUGGCCUCAAGGGAAUAAAUAAUUGCCAGCAAGUAGCUGUACGUAUUUAUAUGUACACUCAAAGCACUGGAUAGCAUAUGAAUUUAUACGGAAACAGUCAUAUGAACCUAUUAGAAAGGUACUGAUGAAGGAAUGUGACAUUUUGACCGGCAGUUUAUGAUGUUUGAAUUGUACAUUUGACAGGAAGGUUAUGAUUUAGACCUGUGUUGUUUUACCUGUCAGAUGUACGAACGGGACAGUCUUGCCUUUAGGUUAAGAUGUAGGAGGAUAUUUUGACUUUGAGGUUUUUUGUUUUUGUUUUUGUUUUUGUUUUUUUUUUAGUUGAAAAGUUUAAGAUUAGGAUAUGAUGGAGAAGAGUGACGUUUCGACAGUGCGUUUAUGAUAUAAGAAUUUAACAUUUUGACCGCCAGGUUAUGAUGUAGGAUUGUGACAAAUUAACCAUUAGGUUUGAAGUAGGAAUUAGACAUUUGAUUGUUAUGUUGUAAUAUAGUUAUGGGACAGCCAGUCAACUUUAAGAACCUGAAAUAUCAAUGUAUGAUGAUUCUAUGUUUUAUUUUUUUUUAUUUGAAACAUGCCCGCUUUCCCCAGCCAUAGACAUUUGUAUAUACACGUUAUCUAUGCAAGCUAUACUUAUGUUUAUAGUUUAUUGAAAUCAUCGAAAAAUGAAUAUAUUUUUUUAAUAUACAUGUUCAAUGUAUAUAUUGUUGUAUAUUCAAAAACCUUGUUAGUUCAUUUAAGAUGACAUCGACAUCAUAUUUAUACUAUUGUUGACUUUGAAUGAGGUUUACUCCAGGACGUAUCAACCCUUGAAGUGUUAUUAUCGUUGACAACGGGGAGAAUGAGAUCGCUCAGAUUGAUAUUGAAUCCUUGUAUUAUCCACAGUUGUUUUACAAAUGUGUUUUUGUCAAGAUGACUGUACUGUUUGGAAAAGGAAACACAUGGUUUUAGCUUGUUUCUAAUUAAGUGUGCGGGACAAAUGAAUUAAACCGUUAUUUCGCACAAGUUAGGUUUCAUUCAAAGCAUUUUAUAAGAUUAGUACAAAAAACAUCUACUAAUGCUCUAAUGGCAAUUCUGAGUCUCAAUUUACCUCAUUAACAACGAUUAAUUGUUGAAAACCUUUACAGAUUUGGCUAUAUAAAAUUACAAGCGUCCACUAAAAGCGUUUACUAAAAUCGAAUUUGCAUACAGAAUGAAAUUUAAAGGUACAUUAUAAAAACGGCUGGAAAUAAGCUUGAUGAAGAAAUGAAAUCGCGAUCCCAUGGGAAAUUAUAAAUGAACAGCGUGCACUCAUGAGUACCUACCAAAAUCUUCAUAAAAUGCAUCAUUCAUUUAUCCUUCAGUUCUGGAUUCUUAAAUGUAUAUUGACCAAAGAGAAUUCCCAUUAAUAAUGCGUGUCCAAACUGGUCACAGGAAAGUUAUUUUUAACGUAACAAUAGCUUGAAAAGUCAUUAGAAAGUGUUCUUAAAAGGUACAUAAAGACCUUAGAAUAUUGCGAAAUAUCACUUUAAAAAGUAAUGUUAACCUCGCGCACACUACAAUGUAUAGCGCGGUGAAAUUUUCUUUUUGUCGACAGAAAACUAAAAUCAUCUCAUGCAUAUAUUUAACAUCAUCGACGAUAUCACCUUUCAUUUAUUUGCUUAUUUGCCCUGGACGUGUUUUAAUGUCAUGAUUAUGUUGUCUGUCGAUUGACGUAAGCUUUUGCAUUUAAACAACCUUUUACAUAAGUUAAGAAACAAAAGACCAUAUUCAAAAUGGUGAGAUGAAAGAAUACUAAAAGUAACAUGACUGAAAUUAUUUUUUUUAAAUUAACAUUGUAGUGAAAUUUAUAACAAAGAGACCUAAGUAAAACAAAGGGUUGUAACUGAUAAAGCAUAAUGAAGGACCUGAUAAUUGGAGUGCAACAUUUCGUUGAUGACAGAGUAGCAAUUUUGUGUAAAUGAAUUACCUUGAUAUUACGUCUGUAUAAUGCAGGGAUGAUAAUGUCGAUUUUCACGGUUGAACAAGGGCAAGGGCACCGCUGCUAUUUUUAGAAAAUCCUUUGUCAGUAUUAUAGCGGUUUCAGUCUUUGAGGUGGUUUAAUCAAACUUCGUACGCUUACAAAGAACCAGAAUAUCUCAACAUUUUCGAGUUUCAAGGUUGGUCAAGGUUAAAGUCACAAUUACAAUCCGCUAUAUAUUGUUUAAACAAUACUCAUUGUGCUUGUUCAGAUGAAGGUCCUUUUAAUUAUAAUUCCAACGUCACGAUAUUUUACAUGUACAAGUUACUGACGGAAAACACACUAUCUUUGUGUUGGUAGGAUCCUCACUUGAUUUUCAAUUAGUCAAUUCACUAUGUUCAUUGAUAUAGGUAUAUCAUAGAACCAAAGAUGACGAAGGGACACAACUGUAAUGUUAUGACUAGACCGGGCUGGAACGCUUGUCUUCCUUUGUCAAGUAUUUUUGUUAUGUAUUUAUAAACACUGUACCUUAUGUAAAAUGUUUAUAAUAAGAUAAAAAUGAACUUCCUUGUUGUAUACUUAUAUUGCUGAGAGAAAAAUAUAGAAUUUCCUUGACUGAUUUACAGCUGUUUGUAGGAGAAGUGUAAUAAAUGAAUGAUGUUAAUAUGUAUUGUUUAAAAUUGGUAUAUUGUAAUAUAUUGUAGUAUACCUGUUUCCGUUCAGGUUUCGUGAAAUACUUCACUUGUAUUUGUUUUGUAAACGCAAAUUGUAACAUAUUUCAUUUUAAUCGGACUUUUCACAUUUUUGCUGUCAUCCUUCAUGCUUAUUAUAAACAAGUUGGACUGUAUACAUGUAAUACAAACGAACGUUUGACAAACUAGAGCCAGCUUUAAAUGGAAAGUGUCCUACUUACAAGUACUACUCGAAAUUCUCUGUAGCCAUGUGAUCUCUAUAUCAUAAACAGGAAGAAACCACACACGUCUGUCAAAAUCUGAGGUUUUUUUUGUUUUUUUUUUAAUUUUUUUUUUCAUGUCCACGUUAUCAUUAUUCAUGGCUACUUCAAUAAUAAAGAUGAAUGUAUUACAAAAUAUUAUCUAUAUGUACAUUUCGUACUUUUAUGCAUGCAUGUAUUACAAUGCCAAUUAUCCAAAAUUUGAAUUUCCGUGAUGAACAUAAUGUCUUUAAAAGGAAUUAUUUUAAUUUUCUUUCUUAAUAAUCUGAUUUACAGUUGCUAAUAGGACGUUAAACAAUGUAAAACCAGUGAAAUAAAAGGCCAUUGUUACAAUGUAUUGUUCAAUGUUAUUCGGUAUAUUGUGAUAUACCUUCUUCUGUAUAUGUUUGGUGUACAGUACUUGUAAGUUCUAUUUAACAGAGCCUGUUACUCCUCAUUUGUAAAUGCAGAAUGUUUUUCCCCAAUAAAUCAUCGUUCACCCAUUA